AUGGAGUGCAAAAUUUACAGCGAAGAUGUUAAAUUUGUUAGUGAGAAUCUGAAUGCAGCGAGGGCAUGCGUUUCUAACGAGAUUCUUGGAAUCAAAUGCGACCUGUUAUCGGUGUAUUUAAUGAAUUUGGUUUUGUACAAGGAGCUGAGUGAAGAAGAAAAAGUUGGAAGUCCUAUUACGGAGAUGCUUUUGAAGACAAAUAUUCUUCUGGAGAAGGUUUGUCAGAUGGAAAAGAGAGCAAUGAAUGCCAAUGGAUCAACAAGCGCUAUUGAAGUAGAAGCAAAUACAGAAGAUCAGAAAAGACGAGUGAUAAGCGAGGAGAUGAAACGAAACAAGUUUGUGAAGAAGAGGAAGUUUGAGGAUAGGAAUCCAAAGCUGAAGUAUAGAAACAAGGCAAAAAAGCUUGCAGAAAAAGCCGAGAUUAAACAUGAUGGAAACAUAGAUGUUAAGAAGAACGGUGGAAGCAAGCUUAGGUAA